CCGAGCCGCACGGGACAGCUUGCAGUACGAGCGGAUAGCAGCGCGUGCAGCGGAGGUGAUGACUGCGGCGGCAUGGAGUUCCCGGAGCACGGCGUACGGCUGCUGGGCCGCCUGAGGCAGCAGCGCGAGCUGGGCUUCCUGUGCGACUGCACUGUCUUGGUGGGCGACGCGCGUUUCCCUGCGCACCGCGCUGUACUGGCAGCGUGCAGUGUCUACUUCCAUCUCUUCUACAGGGACCAGCCCGAGAGCAGCCGCGACACGGUGCGGCUCAACGGCGACAUCGUCACAGUGCCCGCCUUCAGCCGCCUGCUGGACUUCAUGUACGAGGGCCGCCUGGACCUGCACAGCCUGCCUGUCGAGGACGUCCUGGCUGCCGCCAGCUACUUACACAUGUAUGAUAUCGUCAAAGUCUGCAAGGGCAGGCUUAGGAAGAAAGACCCAGAUCUGGAGACCCGCGCUCUGGGGACAGAGCUUCCUGGUCAGCCACCACACUCCCUGCCUUCCUGGUCCCCUGACUUCUGCCAAGGCGCACCAAAUGCCAAACCCCCACCUCUAGGGGUCAAGGCUGCCCAUCCCUUGCCAACAUUUGGACCUCCAUCUUGGCAGGUCACAGGGGAGCCAACUGGGGCCCUGGACCUGUCACUGAAGCCUAGUCCAAGACCGGAGCAGGUUCACCCACCCUGUAUCCUCCAGAAAUCCCUCUACAGCUCGAUGCAGCAAGGGAUCCAGCCUCUGGUGAAGGUUGAGCAAGAUUCAUUCUCUGAACAAGAUAGCAGGAGCCCACGGAGCACCAACCGAUCCCCACCACCCAUCUGCGCUUCUGCAGCCCAAGACUUGGCAGAGGACUUGGAACCACUGAAUGUCCAAGAGACAGGCAGCCAGCAACUUGGACUGGAUGCAGAGCCAGUGGGGGACAGCGAGGAGCUGGGUCCCAACAGGCACCUUUGCAUUUGCCCACUGUGCUGCAAGCUGUUCCCUAGCACCCAUGCACUGCAGUUGCAUCUCAGUGCCCACUUCCGAGAGCGGGACAGUGUCCGUGCUAGACUCUCUCCCGAGGGGGCCGUACCCACAUGCCCACUCUGCAGCAAGACCUUCUCCUGCACAUACACACUGAAGAGGCAUGAACGGACACACUCGGGGGAGAAGCCCUAUACAUGUGUGCAGUGUGGCAAGAGCUUCCAGUACUCACACAACUUAAGCCGGCAUGCUGUGGUCCACACACGGGAGAAGCCCCAUGCCUGCCGCUGGUGUGAGCGCCGAUUCACACAGUCUGGGGACCUGUAUCGCCAUGUCCGCAAGUUCCACUAUGGCCUCGUCAAGUCCUUGCUGGUGUGAAGUGUUUUUCUGUAUCCCCCAACGUGGAGAAAGGGACAGGGCACGGGUCUCCUGGGUGGGACUCUGGGACAGAAGCAGCCCAGGUGGGUGGAAGCCCAACCUCAAGAUUAGCAGGCUCCACCUGGGGACCUGAAUGAAUGCUGCUGCUUUUUAGAUGGGCUGCCUUCCCCCCACCCUUCACUCUCCACCUCACACCUGAGCACAGGUUGUACCCUGCCCAGUUAGGGACAGUCUUCCUCAGUGUCCUCUCCAGCAAGGGGUCCCACCUGCCCAUUUCUGGGCCUGGGCUUCACAGUGUGAGGUAACAGUUUUUCUUGGCCCCAGGGCUUCCCUGACACCCUGCUGGGAUACUUAGAGUGUCCUUGUGUGCCAGCACCAUCAUAAAAUGACUCGCUUGUCAAAGAAGUCAUUAAUGCAGGUGCCCGACAGGGUGCACUGAGUGAACAGCCCACUCCGGGUGAGUGGCAGCAGGACCCCUGUUGAGAAGGCCACAGGCACAAGUACCAGCAGGGGCUGUAGAGACACAGCUGACCUUGAAGGAGGCCCAGCUCCUGCAGGGACCCUGGAGCAUCCUGAAGGUGGAUAAAGCUGGGUGUCCCCGGAGUGACUGUUCCUGGAAUGGAAUGGAGGUGGGACUUUGGGCAAAGAAGGGGAUUUGGGAAGGGAUUUUCUUUAUAUCAAAAGAGCCUUCUCAAGGCCACCAUAUGUCUGCUACUGGGAGAGGACCCUCCAAGUGUCCCUGCUGUUCGCAAGGCUGGAAAUGGCAGAUCCGGCCAUGAGCCAAGCUUCACAUGUUGAAGCUAAUGCUGUGUUCCAGCAGGCCUGACCCUGGGAGUCUCUCCUGCUUUCUAAGGGUCUCCCUGGUGCUGCAGUCAUUCCUAGGCCCCAAACACAAGGCCAAAGCUUGUGCAGCUUAACAAGAGCAAUGUUUGCUGUGCCACCUCCUGUUGUGGGGCACGGGUAGGAACAGCUGUCACAGGGAGGCAGGGGAGGCACACUCCCCCUUCAUCGACAUUCUUGGAAGGAAGGCUGGCACCUCUGAAAUGUGAAGGUCUUCAUCCUCUGCCUUUGUAUUGGAUAUGGGCCACCUUACUUUGACACUUGCUCCCCAAGCAAGUCUUGCUGUCCCAGAAGCUUGAUGGUUUCAGGAAGGGGUGUGGCAGGAUGGGGAUGGCCUCAACCUUGCCUGAAACAACCUGCCCCUCCUCCCCAGCAGGGCUGUCUGCAGAGGACAGACGUGGGCCAAGUCUGUCAUUAUGUCUUCUGCUAACACUUGAUUUAUUUAUUUGUCUGCUUGGUCUGGAGUGACGUGACAAUUGGUCUCCCCAUUGUGGACAGAACCAUUUUUCAUGUCCUGACCCUCUCUGUGCUCUCCUAAUAUGUCCAUGACUGGCCUGGAAGCUGAUGCCUGUCCUGAUGCUCCAAGACUGGAGGUCCAGGGCAGGCUGCAGUCUAGAGAGCUGGAGAAGAGGAGAUGAUGUCCUGGCUUCUGACUCCACUGGUGAUUUAUGAGCUGAGGUUUCUCCCUCUCUCAUGUAUAUGUCUGUCUGUCUGUCUGUCUGUCUGUCUGUGUCUAUUUGUCUGUGUGUUUGCAGUACUACAAGAGCAGGCAGAGCACCGCUGUGUUGGUUUUCCCCGAGUGCCUGCUUUCCCAGGGCAGGGAAUCUGCCCUGAGUCAACACUGGUCUCAUUGUCUUCGGUGCAGUUACUGUGAAGUUAGGAAUAAGUGACUGGUUCUAAGUUUCUAACUGGCACGUUCAGUUGCCUGUAUGCAUAUGUCUGACACACUACCUGUGUAGAGUACAGGACAGAUGUGUGGAGGAGUUCAGGUGCAUUCUGCUGUGUGGGGUUCCUAGGACCUCAGCUACUGUCCUUGCCUGUGGUCUCACUGCUGCUCCGCCCUGGAGGGACCACUGGGAAAUGACCACAGGACAAUUCUUCCCAUGUAGGUUUGCACAGCUCUGCUUGUGGUCAGCCUGCACCGCUCCUAGAAAAGAGGACCAUCUUCUAUUCACAUGUUCUGGUGGUCACAUGACAGUGUA